GCACCACCACGUUCUUUCUUUCAGUCGCCGCCAUUAUGAGUACAUUAAGACUUCAAAAGCGGCUGGCAUCCAGCUUGCUCAAGUGUGGUAAAAAGAAGAUCUGGCUGGACCCUAAYGAGAGCAAUGAGAUUGCCAAUGCCAACUCUCGUCAAAACAUUCGCAAACUCAUAAAAGAUGGUCUGAUCAUCAAGAAACCACAAAUCAUCCACAGUCGUGCCCGAGUACGCAUUGCUGACGAAGCAAGAAGAAAGGGACGUCAUAGUGGUCAUGGUAAGAGGAAGGGUACUGCCAAUGCUCGUAUGCCCCAGAAGACCAUCUGGAUCAGACGCAUGAGGGUGUUGAGGCGAUUGCUUCGUAAGUACAGAGAAGCAAAGAAAAUUGAUAACCACAUGUACCACAUUCUCUACAUGAAGGCAAAGGGUAAUGUGUUCAAGAACAAGAGAGUCUUGAUGGAAUACAUCCACAAGAGGAAGGCUGAGAAGCAACGUUCCAAACUUCUUAACGACCAAGCUGAGGCUCGUCGUAUGAAGAACAAGGCAGCCAAACAGAGACGAGAAGAGCGUCUUGAAGAGAAGAGGAGGGAGAUUCUUAGUUCCUAUGCCAAAGAAGAGGAGGCUGCAGCCAAGUAGAUCUGUUCUUCUGUAGAAUACAUUGCCAAUUUAAAAUAAACAAAUUCAUUGUAA